CGACUCCUGCUGCCGUGACUGUCUCCGUCUCUCCUUGCCGACUCCCCUGCUAUCUGAACCCUAGGCCGGCCGGCGGCGGCGGAGGGGCGAGGGAGGAGGCCGGCGUGCGGCGCCCGGCGCGGCACGGCGGCGGGCGACCCGGCGGCCGGCGCAUCCCGGCAGGCAACAGCCGGGCAGGCACGCGUGAUGCGCGCAGGAGUGCCCCUGUCCCAAUCAGGCCUGGUCUGACCGGCUGGCCCCAAUCUCCAUUCUCGAAGACGCAGCACUACAGCAGGAGUUGAGAAUCUGCAAUCAUGCAAAGCCCCAGCAAAAUCUCUGGUGCAUCUGCCUCCUCCACUACAACCCCUGCUGUACGUGGGCUUCAAGGGUGGGCUGAUCUCCCAGAAGACCUAAUCCAGUCCAUCAUUCCUCUACUGGGCUCCAUCCUUGAGCUCCUUGCCUUUGCUGGCACCUGCCGCUCUUGGCGUGCUGCCUUUUCCUCACAUCCAUCCAAAUCCACAUUCUGCACCUUGCUCCCACCUCUCCUUGUCCUGCCCCACAUUAGUGUUCGUGUUCGACAUGUCCACAAGCUCUGCGUAUGUCUUGCCCUUGAUCCAACCAACUCGAAAAGCACCCUUCACUGUCUGGCAAGAAAAAGAAAAAAGAAAAGCACCCUUCGCUGCAAGGUUCCAGAAGAGGUGUUUUUUGGGAAGAUGUUCUUUGUUGGCUCUUCCUAUGGUCAGCUGAUUUGUGGUGGUGGUAAAAAUUGUCUUGUUGUGGAUGUGUUCACUGGUGCCAAAGUUUUACCACCUCAGCUCCCAUUUGUCCGCAACACUUAUUUCUACUCUGGCAUGCUGACAGCUCCCCUCGCAUCACAUAACUCGCACCUCCUUGUUUGCGCCGCAUCCAGCGAGCACAGUACUCAGUCCUCCCUUCUUGACUGGCCUGUUGGAAGUGAUUCUUGGUCAGAACUGCAGCUUGAUAAUUCUUGGAUUGAGCAGAUUGUGGAGUUCAAUGGUCAGUUCAUUGCGAUGGACAGCAGGUACAGGCUGUAUACUCUUUCCUUGGCCCCCCACCUUGGUUUGCAGGAGAUAGCAACUGUGCGGUGGGAUGGCACGGGUGAAUGCCCGUAUCUUAGCCCCUCGAUAGUUUUGUGCGGCGACAUGCUCCUCAUGGUCGACCACAAGAUUACCCUUCGUUCUGGUGGAGCACCUGUUAAGUACAAAGCCCACCGCCUCGACAUGUCAACUGUACCUGCAUCUUGGGUGGAGGUGAAGUUGGAGAAUCAUGCACUCUUUCUUGGGAAAGAUGCGCGGAGCCCGGUGUUUUCUUGUGUCAGUCCAGGACGAUGGGCUGGGCAGAGCAACUGCUUGUACUAUUGUGGCAUGUAUCAACCCUGGAUCUUGAAUGGGCUUGGUGACGAGGCAGAUACUGUGUGGGAUCCUACCAAUGACCUUGACACUGUGGGCAAGAGGAAUCGGUAUCUGGUGGCAAGGCAGCCAUUCUGGGCGUACCCAAGCAUGUUCUACUCUAACUGAAAUUUCUUCUUUGGAGUUCUAGAGAACAGAGACUACACUACUCUAGACUUACUCCAGACUGGUUUGUAUUCUUCCUAGUAUUUUUUUAUGUUAAAUUAGGAAAAACAGUGGUAUCCAUGUAAUCCAAUCUUAUCAAGAUCAUGCUGGUUUGUUCUGCAUUAUCUCGUAUUUUCUGUUGUGCAUGUAGUAUGUUUUUACAACCAACAUUUGAGGAACCAUAUGCUCUGUACUCAUUCUCUUUCUUCUAUUCAGUUCAGUUCAUUCUGCUGAAAUAUUUGCUUGGAA